UCUGAAUUUUUUUUUUCGUUUGUGAUACUUCAUACUACGUUUUUUUUUGGUUGUUAAUUUUGCCAUACAAUUUACUUAAUAACAACAACAAACGAUGAUACAUAUAUAACACAUCUAAUUAAUACAAUGACAGAUAGGCUAAAUAUAUUAGAUGAGAUAGAUGAGCCGAUCAAUCAAAUAACUCCAAAAUUCAAAAGGAAAUUGCCGAAAGUCAAAACUUCAACCUCGCAAAGAGCUAAAUUUCUAAUAGAUGACCAAGAUGAAGAUGAUGAACUACCGAAACCUGUGGGAGGCAUAACAACUAAGCUGUCAUCCAUAAAAGUACGAAGGCCGUUUAAAAGCUUCCAGUCGUCAAGUGUACGGAAUAAGAUAACUUCAUUCGAUAAGAUAGAUGAUAAUGAUGAACAGAUAGAUAAUAUGGAAGUAGAAAAUUUCAAUCUUGAAUUAGAUGACGAUCCAGAAAAUGAUCCUGUCAUUGAGAAUAUGUCGGAAUUAGGAGAUUUUAAACUUCGAGAUAAUGAAGAAGUAAAAUCACCUCCACCACCGGUCGUAGCUAAGAAAUAUGUUCCCAUUGAAACCAAUAAAUUCUCCAUAAAGAUACUGCAAAAGGAUUUGAAGGAUGAAUAUAAGGAUGAGCUAUCAUUGGACUUUAAUGAAGAAGAAGAUGCACUCAAAGACGAUUUUGAAGACAGUGAUGUUGAAAUGAAACAAGAUCAUUUCAUCGAUGAUGCUCCACUAAAAAUUACUAAAGCUGCUCAAGUAUCUGAAAAUUUUCAACAAAUAUCGGAUAAAUACGAUAUUGAAAUAGGUUCUGGUCUGGAAAGUGAGGCAGAGGAUUCAAAUAUAGAUUUAAACAAAAAGAGUACUAUUAUCAAGGUGAAGGAUACCUUAACUUUACAAGAGCAAGUUAGUUCAAUUAAGGAAUUAAUAGAAAACUUAAAGCUUAAAAAGUCAGAUUGUGAAGAUAGACUAUCAACUAUAAACAAGGAGUUAGAUGACGUUAAUGAAGACAAAAUCCAAUUACAGGCAAAGUUAGAUUCAUUUGAAUGGUAAAUAAAAUUAGUUUGUAUAACUAUAUAAUGUUAAUGACAUAUUUUACGCGUAUUAGUAGUAAAUUGGAGACCCUGUUAGAAAACUAGAUUCAGAACCGCGCUUAAGUCAAAUUUUAAUUACCCG